GAAAGCAUCAGCUGAGCUGCCUGAGCUGAGCUGAGCGAGCAGCAGCAGCAGCAAAUGAUUCGGUGAGGACGAACCAUCCGUAAGGUGACCCGUCCCUUUUCCCUCACCUCACUCACCUUCUCCUUCUUCCUCCUCGUCGUCCCUUCGCUUAUAGAUCUCCAGCUCCCGGCCAAGUACUCAGCAAAGCGCACGGAAUCCAAUCCAGUCCAGUCCAACCAGCUAGCCAACUAGCUUCCGCCGGGCAAAGGACCUCGCCCCUUCCACCGGCGGCAAUGUCUUCCAACGGCAAGCCCAAUCCGCAGCCCCCCGCCGCCGCCAGCAACGGCGCUGCCACCGGCGGCCCGCCCAAGAUGUACCAGCGGCCCAUCUACCGCCCACAGGGGCCCUCCUCCAAGGGCCGCCGCGGCGGGCGCGGGCGCUCCUGCCCCUUCAGCUGUUGCUGCUGCUUCUUCUGGACAAUCCUCGUCGUGCUCCUCCUCGCCUUCGCAGCCGCCGUGGCCGGCGGCGCCUUCUACCUCCUCUACCGCCCGCACCGCCCGGCCUUCACCCUCUCGCUCGCCCGCGUCAACAAGCUCGCCCUCUCCAACUCCUCCGCCGCGCCGGCCCUCACCGACUCCAUCGACUUCACCCUCACCGCCAGGAACCCCAACAAGAAGCUCGUCUUCCUCUACGACGACUUCGCCGUCUCCGCCGCCACCGCCGCCAACGCCGUGCCGCUCGGGGACGCCGCCGUGCCCGGGUUCGCGCACGAGGCCGGCAAUAUCACCGUCAUCAAGGCCACCGUGGCCGCGUCCGCGCUCGGGGUCGACCCCGCCGCGGCCAGCUCCGACAUCAAGAAGUCCGGAAGCUUCGCCAUCACGCUCGACCUGGAGACCAAGGCCGGGGUGAAGGUCGGCGGGCUCAGGACCAAGAAGAUCGGCAUCCAGGUGCACUGCGACGGCAUCAAGGUCGCCGCGCCCGCGACGGCCCCCGCGCCGGCGGCCAAGAAGAAGGGGGUCGUCAAGCUCACCGUCUCCAAGGCGCCCGCGCCGGCGGCGGCUGCGGGUGUCGUGGAGGCUCCGGAGCCGUCGGCAGGCGCCGACGACGCCGCCACCGGUACCCCGGCGACGGCGACCGCCAUGGCGCCGCGCGUGUGCCAGGUCAGGAUCCGAGUCAAGAUCUGGAGGUGGACCUUCUAGUAACGGGGCGAAUCUCCUAGGGGCCGCAUUGCGAAAACAAAUAUAUCGGGCAAAGAAAAGGUCGCUUUACUUUUUCACUUGCGAUGAUCAUCAUGCCGCUGCGGUGCGCAGUAGAAAAUCCAAAACCGAAUCAAAUCAACCGUGGGUUGCUGUAAAUUCUUUUCGAUUUGAAUUUUACGAAAUUUGGCGGGGGAGUGAUGGGGGAGGGUGGUAAGUCAGUUUGAGAGCUUGAGUCAUUUGUUUAUUGUUUCCUAUUUCUUCUUUUUUUACCUCCUUUUUUGUUAGUGCAAGUACAAUUUGGGGAUGGGACUCUUUGGGGAUUUGUUAUGCUUAACUUUGUAUACUAGUACGAAUGUAUCUGAAUUUGUAAUUGUUAGUGGCUUGUAUUAGUAACUACUGAUGGAGUAUUGUCAAAUUACAUUCUUGUUUCAAAUAUUAUCGCAAAGUUUUCAGUUGGCAAA